AUAAGGCCUUUGGUUGUGCGCCAGACUGUGUAGAAGAAGAAGAAGCAGAUAAGAACAUCUACGUCUUGGAACGGUGACGAAGCAAAUGCUCCUGUAGCGUCCCGACUGAGAACGACCUAUCUCUACGAUGCCCAAGUCUGGUGGCAAAGGCUACGUUGACCUGAAGGCUCUGAGCAACCUCCUGGAAUUUCUACGCGUCCCUUCCCGGGGCUUCUCUCGUCAGUUCUUGAUCGCCCUGUAUGCUGGGAUUACCUUCGGCGUCGGCUUUGUUUGUCUUCGGUGGGGAGCCCUGGACGAGCCCGGCUUCUGGACGUCGGAUACCCCGAGGCUGCGACAGCUCUUCUACGGUGAGGGGCCUCGCGUGGACAGCGACAACGAGACUGGCCCGCAUAAACCGUUGGCGUUCCACGAGCCGGACGAGAAGUUACACCAUGAAGACGACGACCGCGUGGCACAGAUACUUAAGAAACGAGUGCGUCUCCUGUGCUGGGUGAUGACCAACCCAGCUAACCACGCCACGAGGGCAAAACACGUGAAAGCCACGUGGGGCCGCCGCUGCAACGUGCUCCUUUUCAUGAGUUCCCAACUGGACCACGAACUACCGGCGAUCGCCUUGCCUGUCAACGAAUCUCGUCCUGGUCUCUGGGGGAAGACCAAGUCCGCUUUCACGGAGGUGUACAACUACCACCUGAACGAAUCAGACUGGGUCCUCAAAGCUGACGACGACACCUACGUCAUAGUCGAAAACCUCAGGUACUUCCUCCUGGACAAGAACCCCUCUGAACCCAUCUACUACGGCCGCCGGUACAAGCCAUACGUGAAGCAGGGCUACAUGAGCGGAGGGGCAGGCUAUGUCCUCAGCCGAGAAGCAGUCAAGCGAUUUGUAGAGCAGGCCCUUCAAGAUCCCACCAAGUGCCGCCAAGAACAGGACGGCGCAGAGGAUGUGGAGAUAGGGAUAUGCCUGGAAGAAGUGGGUGUCCAGGCUGGGGACUCCCGGGACAUUCUAGGGAAAGGAAGGUUCUUUCCACUGGCGCCAGAGGGUCAUCUUAUCCCUGGUGAAGUGGCCAGAGAUUUGUGGCUGUGGAAGUAUGUCUACUACCCCCUUGAAGAGGGAGUGAACUGCUGCAGUGACACAACCAUUUCAUUCCAUUACAUCGGCCCAGACCUGUUGUACGUCAUGGAAUACCUCAUCUACCACCUCAGGCCAUAUGGAAUAUUCUCCAAGGUGCAUUGCAGAGAAGACAAUAGUACAUCGAAUAACACACACUGGACUGCGGUGUAAUGGUGUGCCGCGUCAACGGUGAUGCCUUUGCAUACAGGUCACUCAACAAGCCACUGGUGACGAGAAGGCAUCUCCUGUCGAAAUAGUCAAAUAAAGCGCCAGAAAAGCGAUGAACACUG